GUUUUUUUUUGGUAGUGUAUUUUACUUAAAAUCUUGUGAACUGCAAUUUAAUUUCUUUUUCAUGUUUAUAGCUUGGAAGGAACCUUUAUUUUACAAUAUAUUUAAUGUUUUACAAAGUGAAUAAUAGGAAUGUGUAUUAUUAAAAUAGUGACGAAGAUGUUUUCAUGUUUGGAAAAUUGUACAUAGUGUCGCGGUGGCGGGUUGCGAGCACGGAGCCGGGGCAGGGUCGGGCGGGCGCGGCGCGGACACCAUUCGCCGCGUGAAGGUGAAGAUGUCCUCGGUGUCGGCGCAGGGCGUGGUGGAACGCGCCUCGGCGGAACUGUCGCGCCGCAUCACCGGGCUGGGGCUGCGCGGCCGCAAGCGCUCGCCUGGCGUGGUGGAGCGCGUGGCCAACGCGCUGUGCGGCCCGGCCUCGGCCGCCGCGGCGCCGCGCGUACCCCGCCGACGACGACCCUCUCCCAGACCACUAGUGUGGUCGCAAUUUGUUUUAGAAGACAGAUUUCUCGAGAAAUUCUUUCUGUAUUUUAACGCCAACGACAGGCGCAAUCUCGCUCAAGUGUGUACUAAGUGGCGAGAUGUGCUGUAUGCCUCGCCGCGCUGGUGGAGCGGUUUGGUUGCGGUGCUGGAUUGCCGCGAACUUCGUUCGUCCUCGGGCUGUUGUAUGCAGAGAUUUUAUAACACGUUAGUUAGAAGAGGAAUUCGAGGAGUCGUUUUGGUUUCGGCAUCUGAUGACGACAUUAAUGAAUUUAUAAGGCAAUUCCCGUUAUCCACUCACCAUGUACACGCUAUAAGCUUGAAAGGAUGCACUAUAACAGAUAGAGGUUUAGAAGCUAUAUUAGAUCACUUACAGGUUUUGUUUGAACUAGAAUUAACUGGAUGCAAUGAAAUAACAGAGGCUGGUCUAUGGGCAUGUCUAACUCCACGAAUUGUCUCACUCACGCUUACUGACUGCAUUAACAUUGCUGACGAAGCUGUGGGCGCAGUGGCACAAUUACUGCCGUCAUUGUACGAGUUCUCCCUACAAGCGUACCACGUGACUGACGCGGCUUUGGGUUACUUCUCACCAAAACAGAGUUCUUCACUCAGUGUGUUGCGGCUACACAGCUGCUGGGAACUCACCAAUCACGGCGUCGUUAACAUUGUACACUCGCUACCAAACCUGACGGUGUUAUCACUGAGCGGCUGCAGCAAAGUGACGGACGAGGGCGUGGAACUACUGGCGGAGAACCUGCCGCGUCUGCGCAGCCUCGACCUCAGCUGGUGUCCGCGAGUCACCGACAACGCGCUCGAGUACAUCGCCUGCGACCUCAACCACCUCGAGGAGCUCACGCUGGACAGAUGUGUCCACAUAACGGACAUAGGCGUGGGCUACAUCAGCACGAUGCAGUCCUUACAAGCGUUGUUCCUGCGAUGGUGCUCCCAGCUACGGGACUUCGGCGUGCAGCAUCUGUGCGGGAUGCGCUCGCUGCAACUCUUGUCUUUGGCUGGCUGCCCACUGCUCACAUCUGGCGGUCUAUCGAGUUUGAUCCAACUUCGGCAGCUUCGCGAACUAGAGCUCACAAAUUGUCCGGGCGCGUCGCCGGAACUCUUCGACUACCUACACGAACACCUUCCGCGGUGCGUCAUCAUUGAGUAGGGGAGAAUACAAAUCUAAAUAAAAAGACAAUAUAAAUGCCUGUACUUGAAACUGUAGGUAUGAUGUGUCGCCAUGCAUCUCUCGCAGAUAUUUGCGCACUUCAAAGCGUUGAAACAAAUCAUAUGUAGACGUUGUGGUGUCAAGUCAACCAUUAGUUGCAACGUAACAUUUACCAGUACUUACCAAUUCUGUAGUCUUAUAUUACU